UUCGAGCUCGGUCAGGAUGAGAACAGCGCUGUUCUUUGUUUAUCUCCUUCCUGCGCUGACAGUGAUAGCUCAGGCUGCACCAGGGAGCAACAACCUUGUGGUCGCUCUGAAAAAUGGUCAAAUCCGAGGGGAAUACACAACGGUGAAAGGUACAGACAGGAGGGUGAAACAAUACCUGGCAAUACCCUUUGCACAGCCCCCUGAGGGGCCCCUCCGCUUUGCUGCUCCACAGGAUGCAGAGCCCUGGGUGGGGGAGAGAGAUGGCACUCGCCAGCCUCCUAUGUGCAUCCAGGAUCCUGAAAUAGUUGCCAAUGUUUCAAAAACCAUGUCAAUGCAAUAUAUCCAACCUGAGCUUUCUGAGGACUGUCUGUAUCUGAAUGUGUACACUCCAGCUGAUGUGACACCAGGUGACAAACUGCCGGUGAUGGUGUGGAUCCACGGAGGAGGUUUGUCAAUGGGAGCAGCUUCCCAGUAUGAUGGUGCUCCAUUAGCUGCUUACGAAAACAUUGUGAUGGUCAUAAUUCAGUAUCGCCUCGGCAUCCUGGGAUAUCUUAGCACUGGAGAUGAACAUGCUCAAGGCAACUGGGGUUUCUUGGACCAGCUGGCAGCUCUGAGAUGGGUCCAGGAAAAUAUUGAGGCAUUUAAUGGGGAUCCACUAAGUGUCACAAUUGCCGGAGAAUCUGCAGGAGGCAUCAGUGCAUCCAUACUGACUCUGUCUCCACAAUCUAAAGGACUGUUUCAAAGGGCGAUCUUUCAAAGUGGAGUAGCAACACUUGGAACCUACACCACCAGCCAUCCUUUGGCUACUGCAAAGAUGGUUGCCAACCUGACUGCAUGUGACCGCAGCAGAUCAGAGGAGCUGGUCCAGUGUAUGAGAGGAAAGAGUAAAGAAGAGCUAGUGGAUGCGACCAAAAGGAUGAGGAUUUAUCUGGGCGCCGUGGUGGACGGCGUGUUUCUGACCGACCUGGCUGAGGAGCUUCUGAGGAAGAAAGAAGUGAUGAAGAUCCCUGUGAUGUUGGGAAUAACCAACCAUGAGUUUGGAUGGAUCCUGCCUCAGAGCUUUGCCCCUCCUGGCUGGGAGAACGGGAUGAACAGAGAGGCUGUGCUGGCUGUGGUGAAUAUGUUCAAUCCUGCUGGGAUCUCCACUGCAAACAGCCUCAUGGCAGAUGAAUACCUAAAAGAGGCUAAAACUCCUGAGGAGAUCAGAGACGCAUUCACAGAGAUCAUUGGAGACCUGCUGAUGACGUUUCCUGUUGUCAAGGUGGCCGGAUACCACGCAGAUUUGGAUGUUCCUGUCUACAUGUAUGAGUUUGUGUACCGUGCUGGGAUACACAGCGACACCAGGCCCAGCUUUGUGAAGGCAGAUCACGCUGAUGAUGUCGGCUUCAUGUUUGGCGGCUGUUUCUGGAACGGAGAUAUAAAAAUCAUUGGCAAUAUUAACAAGGAGGAUGAAAGUCUUUGUAAAACCAUGAUGGCUUACUGGGCCAAUUUUGUCCGCAGCGGCUCCCCCGAUGGUCCUGAUCUGGUCAGCUGGCCUCAGUAUGACAGGCAGACGCAGAAGUACAUGGAGCUGGGUCUGACGCAGACGGUGAAACAGAAACUGAAGGAGGACAGAGUCAAUUUUGCCACCGUCAGACUCCCUCAGAAGCUGGAAGAGUUGGCAGCAGCAGCAUGAACUGGAAACUGACCACUCUCAUGUUUUUGUAUUGUUCUAUAUGUUUUAGAGUUAAAAUACCCUAUGAUUGAAACUAACUAAUCAAACAAUAAUUUUCUGUUUUGGAGUGGGUCUUCUUUCCUGAGCCCUUAGCAAUUCCAUGUUAGUGUCUUUUUUACAUUUGUUUUGUUUGAUAGUUGUGAUAAAGGAACUAAAUUGC